AUUGCGGUUUUAAAACACGUUCGUAUACGUAGCUUCGGUUAUUGGAUGAUCCGUCAGUCAAGAAGUUGCUGCGAACUCGAGGUUCGAGUUUACUUACGUACGUUCUUCGGUGGUGUUGAGAUCAUAGUGGAAAAUAAAUUUUACGAUCGAAGUUAUAUUUAAAGUGACUUCAUUCAUAUUUCAUAGUGAAGAAAUUUUUAAAGUGCUUCGAAUGUUCCAGUUUGGAUUUGGGCGUAGUUUCAAAGAAAAGUAUAGCUCGAUCGCAAUCAGAAAUGUGGUUUCAUUAUUAUUUAUUUACGAUACCGUUGUUUUUUAGCGAUGCAUUCGGUUAUCCUCAAAGCAAUCAAAGAACGAUCAGACAAACUGAAUUUAUUUCAUGCUCAACGCCAAAUUACCAGCUGGGAAAUUGCGUGGGUCUUCGAAACUGUCCAAAUCUACUCGAGUUGUUGAAUACUCGUUCAAAUGUAUCAGAAGUUAGAACAUUUCUACGAAAAUCCCAAUGCGGAAAAGAAGCCAACGGGUCACCGAAAGUUUGUUGCAGUAUUUCAAAUUCUAAAACACCACCAGUUAUUUCAUCUACGACGCCGAUACUAUUACUAUCUGCCCCAGUCCCAGUCACAGUCCCCUCAGCCACGUUUCCGUUGACAACGCCAAAAGACGAUGAUCACGACAUUAAACGAAAGAUGUCCAAAAAUCAGUACUCGAUGUGUGGAAAAACGAGCAGAACCACUCAGAAUCUUUAUAGAGAGAAUAAUGCAACAUUAGGCGAUUGGCCUUGGCUUGUGGCUAUUGGAUAUCGUACCAGCUCUGAUCGAGGACCAAUGUUCAAAUGUGGAGGCAGCCUGAUUUCUGACAGAUGGGUCAUCACAGCUGCUCAUUGUGUUCAAGGUAUAGGAAAUCUAAUUGUGAAAAUAAUUCGAGUUGGAGAUUUCAAUUUGAAUCAUGAAAAUUACGAUGGAGCUUCGCCUAAGGAUAUUCCGAUAGAAGAUAUUGUUCUUCAUCCUGAGUAUUCCACUAAUCCUACGAUUAAUGAUAUUGCAUUAUUGCGUUUAAGGCAGCAUGUUACUUUCAAUGAACUAAUUCGUCCUAUUUGCAUACCAAGUGAACCUCAACAUAAAGGUGACGUGUUCUAUUACAAUAAAUCCCCAUUUAUAGCCGGAUGGGGACGCACUACAGAAGGAGGAACCCCUUCAGAUCACCUCAAAGAAACUCAACUAGUUAUAAUAGAUCGAGAAACUUGCGACAUGAAGUACAAACAUGCUAAGCAGAAUUCAGUGGUUGAUCAUAGAGUGCUGUGUGCUGGUAGUAUGGCUCAAGAUACCUGCCUGAGUGACUCUGGUGGGCCUUUGAUGAUGCAUACUGCAGCUCAUUAUUAUCUAGUAGGAAUUGCAUCUUAUGGAAUCGAAUGUGAAGGCAAUGUUUUUCCUGGAGUUUAUACCAGAGUUGCAUAUUACUCUGAUUGGAUCAAAUGUAUUACGAAGAAUGGGAUAAAUUUUAAUUUGUAAUAACUCGUGUGUCGUGUCUUGUAAAAUUGCUUAGUACUCGUAUUAGAGAAUUACUUAGGUAGGUAGUUGAUUUUUUCAAAUAAGCAUAUGCCAUAAUAUUUAUUUUUUUGUGUAAGUAGGUAGAUAAUUAGGUAGGUAAGGUACUUAUUUCUUAGUUGAACAUUUUUUUUGGUGUUUUUUGUCUAUUAAUUAGUAGAUCAUGUUUAAGUAUAAAUAUUGAUAUUUUUUUUACCAAGUAGUAAUAGGUUUAGGUACUUACUGAUGAUUAUUCAAUUUUUUUUAUUAACAUUCAUAGAUAAAAUAAAAGUAAAUGUUAUUGUGAUUUAUUCAGCGAAAAAUAUACCUUGCAUUAAUUUCUA